UCCCACAGUUGAAAAAUUGGAAAAUUGAAUGAAUUUUCAAAUAGUUUGUAAAAUUAGACCCACUUUUCAACAUGCAAGGAGAUUGGUGGCUACAAGGAGCGCAACGGAAUCCUCGAGACACCGGAGAUGAAGCCCAAGUGCCGUGUGUAACGUUGGGCAACAACAAUCGGACCACAGCAUCUCCGAACGUCGUUACCUUGAAUGUCCAGCCGAGCGCUAACGUCGAACCAGAUAUUGCAGUUGUGACUCAACGAGCUCAAAUUUCUUCUGUUGAAAAGUUUCUGGCACAUCAACGUCGACGGCGACCGCCUGCUCAGCAUGUACAAAAGUACUUUCUAAGACCAAUAACCAUGGAACAAGUGAAGCCCAGUGUGGGAUUCUCACAUUACCUAGAAAGACAAGUCUUGUAUGGUGCCACAGCUCCCAAUUCUACAUUUUCAACACAAGAGUUUCUAUCAUCAUAUACUCCACAUAAUGACGUCAAUAGGCAUAUAUCUAGUGAAGACUUUAGGAAUCUUGAAAGACGAUUGGAAAGGGAAAGAGAAAAAAGAACUAGUACAGAACCACCAGGGCAUACUAAAGUACUUCGAGAUGAAAGCUCGCCAGUGGAGAUGUCUCGUAGGAACUAUUUCCGACCAACGGGUAGAAAUAACUACUUCCCACGGGAUGCUACAGUGUCAAGCUCUCGUGUGAACAAUACAAAUGCAGAUAGUCUAGUUGCCAUGGGAACACUUGCAAUAUCUCCAUCUCCGCGAGGAGGUUCAUUAAGUUACAGUGGCGGCAGUAGUAAUUCACAAAAGGACUGUUUUAAUUCUCGAUUACGAUCACCGCCGCCUAGAACGAAAAGCAAAGGAGCUGUAAUGUCCACGUCGUUAUCACCGAUGGCUGCAGAGAACAGAUCCAAAAUGGCCAAAUACCAGGAUCCAAUCAGUGGUGCACCUCCUUGCUUUACACAGAGACUUGCUGAACUGUCAGCAUUGGAAUGUGAAACCAUACGAUAUGAACGAACUAGAAAACUUAAAAGACAAACAAAACAAGCUAAACAAGAUUAAAUAAUUUAACUGAAAUUGUUAGGCAAGAUGAUGUUUCUGUCAUAGAAUUCAUCCUCUAUAGGAAGAAAGGAAUUUGAAAGCUGCCUGUUAUAAAGAAGUCCCGUCCAGCUAUGUGCAUGAGUAUAAUCCAUGUACAUGUCCUACACACAACUCUGCUCUGUUUGUUUGCUGAAUACAAAGAACCAUUAUGUCAUUCUAAAGUACAUGCAGUUUUAUUCGCUCAUGUUUUCAUCACUUCAUCGCACCAAUGUUGAUUUUGAAGAAGUUUCCAAACUGUUUCCUAAAAUAACUUUUCUGCUGAUAGGCAUGUUCAGUAUGUGAAAGGGUGUUUAUCAUGUCAGGUGAUUGAAUGGUGGUUAAAAUGUCAGGGUUUGACAGUCAGAACCUGAGAAAAUGGCCGAUAUGCGCAGUUGGUUCUACAGAUCUGCAGUGAGUGAUUCACAACUUUCAGAAAGUUAGUGAUAUAAAUCUGAGCAGCCAAACUGAUUGUAUUGGCACUGGAUCACCCUAUGGUUAAUAAUAGAGUUAUGGAGAGAAAUAUUGAUGUUAAA